AUGCCUCCUCUUAACCUCCUCCCGGCUGUUCUAUUCCUGGCGCCGAGACCGAGCCCGACCCUGGCGCCGAGACCGAGCCCGACCCUGGCGCCGAGACCGAGCCCGACCCUGGCGCCGAGACCGAGCCCGACCCUGGCGCCGAGACCGAGCCCGACCCUGGCGCCGAGACCGAGCCCGACCCUGGCGCGAGACCGAGCCCGACCCUGGGCGCCGAGACCGAGCCCGACCCUGGCGCCGACGGACCGAGCCCGACCCUGGCGCCGAGACCGAGCCCGACCUGGCGCCGAGACCGAGCCGACCCUGGCGCCGAGACCGAGCCCGACCUGGCGCCGAGACCGAGCCCGACCUGGCGCCGAGACCGAGCCCGAACCCUGGGCGCCAGAGGACCGAGCCCGACCUGGCGCCGAGACCGAGCCCGACCCUGGCGCCGAGACCGAGCCCGACCCUGGCGCCGAGACCGAGCCCGACCCUGGCGCCGAGACCGAGCCCGACCCUGGCGCCGAGACCGAGCCCGACCCUGGCGCCGAGACCGAGCCCGACCCUGGCGCCGAGACUGACACCUAG